UGAAUUAAAGCACUUGUCUUCGAAAGUCUUUUCUUUAGACAUAUUUAUUAACAGUUUCUUUUAAACUAAAGUUUAUAAAAAUGUCCAAAAUGGCAGACAAAAAGAAUCUACUUCUCCUUCUCGAUCGUCCAACUGAGCCUGUUUUCAUGGAAAAAGGUACUUCCAAGUCCGCUGUUUUUGAUGUUCCUGAUAAGUUCCUUACCGAUCGCUAUCGACCAAUUGGAAAUGAAGUUCAAAGUCGUUUCGGAGAAAAGGCUGAACAAAGGAUUCCGGUGAAGGACAUCAGCGUCCCAGAUUUGAGAAUACCAAUGUCCUUGGGUCGUCGUGAACAAUUUUCUUUGUUCAUUCCGCGUCAUCGUCGCAUUGCUGGAAGAUUAAUCGAUAUCUUUUUGGGUGUUCGCUCUCUUGAUGAUCUUCAAAGUAUUGCCGCCUAUGCUAGAGAUCGCAUAAACGCAUACCUUUUUAACUAUGCUCUCUCUGUGGCCUUACUUCAUCGUCCUGAUACUAAAGGCUUGAAUCUUCCAUCAUUCGCCGAGACCUUCCCGGAGAAGUAUGUGGAUUCCAUGGUAUUUACCCAACUUCGUGAAGAAGCCACUGUUGUCCCCGAAGGAUCUCGUAUGCCAAUCAUCAUUCCCAAAGACUACACUGCAUCGGAUUUGGAUGAGGAACAUCGCUUAUGGUACUUCCGUGAAGAUAUGGGUAUCAAUCUUCAUCAUUGGCAUUGGCAUUUGGUUUAUCCAUUCGAAGCUUCCGAUCGUUCAAUCGUAGCCAAAGAUCGUCGUGGAGAACUUUUCUAUUACAUGCAUCAACAGAUUAUAGGUCGCUACAAUUUGGAACGAUUCAGUAAUAAUAUGUCGCGAGUUAAACGUUUGAAUAACUUGCGUGAACCUAUUGGUGAAGGUUAUUUCCCAAAGAUGGACUCACUCGUUUCCAGUCGGGCUUGGCCACCACGUUUUGCCAAUACUGUCAUGGUGGAUCUUGAUCGUGAACUUGAUCAAAUUAAAAUGGAUGUAAAUGACUUGGAACGCUGGCGAGAUAGAUUCUAUGAAGCUAUUCAUCAAGGAUUCGUUGUGGAUGAAUCUGGUAACCGAAUCAAUCUCGAUGAGACUCGAGGUAUUGAUAUCCUUGGAAACAUGAUGGAAUCAUCAAUUCUGUCUCCAAAUCGUCAACUCUAUGGAGAUCUUCACAAUAUGGGUCAUGUUUUUAUAUCUUAUGCUCAUGAUCCUGAUCAUCGGUUUUUGGAAUCGUUCGGUGUUAUAGGAGAUUCGGCUACAGCUAUGAGGGAUCCAGCAUUUUACAAAUGGCAUGCAUUUGUCGAUGAUGUUUUCCAAGAGCAUAAGGAAUCCUUACCACCAUACAAUCAGAAUCAAUUGAAUUACAGGGACAUAUCUAUUACGGGUGUUAAAGUGGAUAAUGAGGAUAGAGGAACUAAUAACCUCCAAACAUUCUGGCAACAAUCUGAUAUUGACUUUUCUCGUGGUCUUGAUUUUGUUCCAAGAGGAAAUGUCUUUGCCAGGGUUACCCACUUGCAACACACUCCAUUUAGCUAUACCAUCAAUGUGAACAAUGCAGGUGGAGCUCAACGUUUCGGAACCGUUCGUAUAUUCUUGGGACCGAAAAAUGAUGAGCGUGGACAACCUAUGCUCUUGAGGGAUCAACGUUUGUUGAUGAUUGAAUUGGAUAAGUUCGUUGUUGCAUUACAACCUGGUCAAAAUACCCUUCGUCGUCGUUCAACUGAAUCUAGUGUGACUAUUCCCUUUGAAAGAACCUUCCGUAACUUGGAUAGUAAUCGGCCAGCUGCUGGCACUCCGGAAGAACUUGAAUUUAACUUUUGUGGUUGUGGUUGGCCGCAGCACAUGCUUAUUCCGAAAGGUAGACCUGAGGGUCUUCGUUGUGAAUUGUUUGUUAUGAUUUCGAACUUUGAUGAUGACCGGGUUGACCAAGAUUUAGUUGGAACUUGCAGUGAUGCCUCCAGCUUCUGUGGUGUUCGUGAUCGUCUUUAUCCAGAUCGUCGGCCAAUGGGAUUCCCAUUCGAUCGUCUUCCACCAACUGGAGCCGAUAGGCUCUCUAGUUUCCUGACUCCCAACAUGAGGACUAUUGAUGUUUCCAUCACCCAUACUGACCGCACUACCGUUCGGAAGUAAAUCUCAAAAACCUAAGCAUUUGACCUUUCACGCCUUAAGCUUGUUUUUCUAACAUUUAUACUUGAUUUUUGUUUGAUUUUUACCACAAGCAAAUCAUAUGUACUAUUUACGUGAUUGAAAUAAAUGAAACCUUAGUAGAAUCAAAA